AAUAACUGAAUGCUCCUCAUGCGGCCGCGUGGUAGAAGAGCGCCAAACCCGAUCUUCGCUCGCUCCUCCCUCUCCUUCUCAGGCCACCUCGCCGAGCUCGAACGAACCCUGGAGCUCGCUUCGAAUUCGACGAACUCGUCGUCGUCGACGGUGGUUGUGGAUAGCCUUAGGGCUUAUAUGCAGAUCGUCGACGUGGCGUCGAUUUUGGGAUUGGAUUGCGAUAUCUCCGAGCAUGCUUUCGAGUUGUUUAGGGAUUGCUGCUCAGCUACUUGCUUGAGGAACAGAAGCGUCGAGGCGUUGGCUACUGCUUGUCUUGUUCAAGCUAUUAGAGAAGCUCAAGAGCCUCCCAACUCUUCAGGAUUCUGUCUAAUACCUUUUGCUUUGCUUUGAACAAUAGGAGAUCUCAAUUGCAUCCAAUGUACAGCAAAAGGAGAUUGGGAAAGUACAUCAAGAUCUUAGGAGAA